UGCUCUAUAAAGACAAUGACGAGGGACUCAUCAUUCAAUUCCCAGCCUACAUUUUUCAGACCAAAAAUGAAGAGGGGGGCUCGCCAACAUAGUAUGGUUCGGACUUACCCGGUCCAUCCAUCUCCACGGAAUCCGAAACCCAAAACACGGCAUGUUCCGAGUCUCAAUUCAGUCCCGGUUGACAGAUCAUUUUCCAAUGUGACAUCGAAGGCCAGCAGCCAUUCCGAGUUUACUGGAAAAUGUGGGAAGUCACAAUGGGUCCAGUGUCAUAUGAAUCCGGUUAGUAAGUCCAAGGACAAGACAAAGGGUACUCAAAAGUUUAGUACAAGUAAUAUGGCCGGUUUUAAAUUUUCCGGGAUUUCAGCCACCGCGGUUUUGGAUUAUUUGGAUAGUAUUAAUGAAGAAGAUGAGAUCAAUGAUCAUCAUGAAAACGAUCAUGAUCAUGAUGAUGAUGACUAUGAGAAUGGUGAUACACAUGUUCUUGUAGACGACAACGAUGAUUUUAUGGCUAAGUUUUGGUCUCUACAUGACAAACAGAACAACAACAAUGAUGAUCAUAUGAGUUUUUGUGAUGGGGGGUUCAUCAUGCUAGACAUAGAGGAAUAUGAAGGGUGGUGUUUAGUGGGAGAAAUGUGAUUUAUAGACUAUCUAUCUUUACUUGUAUGA